AUGCUUGGGCGGCAUGCCUGGAGGACGACCGCGGCUCGGCGGGUGCUCACCAGGCCAAACUUCGGCCUCUAUCGCCUGCAAACCGUCGGCAGCGGCGCCCCCAAACGAGGCUCGUCCACCAGCACUGUAGCAGCAAGAGAAUUGCGACGAGAAACCAGCAGCAGCGGCAAUAACGCCUCCGAUGAAUUCGCUGCGACGGGGACGGGGUACGGGACGGCCGCCACGAGAGACGGGAAGAAGGGCAGUGGUCCCAGGCAAGCCAGGAAGGCUACUACGGGGGUAGCUGCUGCGCGGCGGGGGGGGAAGGGUGCCGUCGUGGACGAAUCAUACGCGUACGCGGAGACCCUGUCGUACCUGUCGAGCCCGCCUGAGGAUGCCCUGAAGGGAGUAGGGCCGAGAAAGGCCGAGCAGCUGGCCAAGCUAGGUGUAACCACCGUGGCAGAUCUGCUCUGGCACCUUCCGACGGGGAUGGUGGACAGGAGGGAAACGAGCCACGUGGCGGAUCUCGUGGAGGGAGAGGUUGCUACCAUGUUGCUCAAGGUGGUAAAGGUGCAGAGCGACCCCCGCUGGAGAUCGCCCCGAAUCACACGCGUCCAUUGCGUUGACGUGGCGGAGGAUAAGAUAGACAUCGUCAUGUUUGGGGGGUCCUGGCUGUGCAAGAACUACGAGCCCGGGGAGACUAAGGUGGUGAGUGGGAAGGUCACCAUGGACAAGUACAGCGAAUCCCUGGUGAUGACAAUGCCAGAGGUCGUAGCCCCUGCCGCCGACCUUGAAAAGGUGUUGGUUAUCCAGCCCACGUACCCCCUCACCGCCGGUCUCAGCGGGUCCAGCCUCCGCUCGGUUAUCGCCCUGGCGCUCGACCAGCUGGAGGGGGUGACGCAUUUUCCGCCAGAGUGGAUAGACCAGGAAACGAUGCGGGAGCACGGCUGGCCAAGCCUUCGGGAAGCUCUAUCGGCGGCACACAGCCCUCAACAGGAGGAAGACUUGAGACCUUCCGGUGCCACCCGAUCUCGCCUGGCGUACGACGAGCUCCUCGCCAGCCAGAUCGUUCUCGCGCUCAGGAGACGCCACACUCGCGGCAUUGGUGGCGGCGUUAGCGGCGGUAGAGGGGAUCAGGGAGACGGCUCUGCUGCUGCCGCUACUGGCGAGAUGGCGAGGGCGGGGGGAGCGGCCUUGGUGGAAGAGGGACGGCGGCGAUUACCGUUUGACCUCACUUCGAGUCAAAACAAAGCUCUCGACGAGAUCCUGAAGGACAUGGACGGCAGCGGCAGCUGCCGCAGCCUCCGGAUGUUUCGGCUGUUGCAGGGCGACGUGGGGUCGGGGAAGACCGCGGUGGCCUUCCUGGCGAUGCUGAGGGCCGCCGGGCAGGGGUCGCAGUCGUGCAUGCUCGCCCCGACCGAGGUGCUCACGGGGCAACACCUACAGACUCUGAGGUCGAUGGCCGAGGGCAUCGAGCGGCCGGAUGGAAAGGGCAACCUGAGGGUGGAGCUGCUGACGGGCAGCGUUAAGGGAAAGUCGAGGCAGCAGCUGCUGAACGACGUCAAGGCUGGGGAGGUGGACAUUCUGGUGGCGACCCACGCGGUGCUGACGAGCGCGUCUACAGCUUUCCGAGAUCUCGGCUUGGCCGUAGUGGACGAGGAGCAGCGGUUCGGGGUGGAGCAGAGGGACAAACUGACUGGCUUUGCGCAACACGUGCUUUAUCUCUCGGCUACCCCAAUUCCGAGGAGCUUAACGUUGGCCCUCUAUGGCGACAUGGAGAUCAGCCAGAUCCGAGAGAUGCCGCGAGGCGCGGCGAAUAUCGAGACGACCCUCGUCCCUGUGGCCAAGGCGAAGGAAGUCAUGGACAGGCUCAAGGGGCGGGAAGACACCGAUGACAAGGCGCGUUGUGGGGUGUUCUGGGUUCUCCCGCAAAUCAACAAGUCUGAGUCUAGCGCUAGACAGCACCUCGCUUCGGCCACCGAGCGGUACGAUGCGCUCGUGAAAGAGCUCGGAGAGGAUAGGGUGACCCUGCUCCACGGCAAGAUGACCUCCGCCGAGAAGAACAGACGUCUCUCCGAGUUCUCCGGGGGGGAGAAGGGCAAGGGGCUCCGCGUGCUGGUGUCCACCAGCAUCAUCGAGGUCGGCGUCGACGUCCCCCGGGCAGGGGUGUGCGUGGUCGAAAACGCCGAGAUGUUCGGUCUCAGCCAGCUGCACCAGCUCCGCGGCAGGCUCGGGAGGACCGACCGAGGGAAGCGGGAGCGAUCAACUACAGCACCGACGGGAUCUUUGCAGCAGCCUGCUACCCCCGAGGAGGACCCGUCGCAGGACAAGAGGCAAACCUCCCACUGCAUCCUGCUCUACGGCCCAGACGUCGGUAACGAUGCCACGGAGAGGCUCAAGGCCGUCCGAAAGACUCGCGAUGGGUUUCUGUUGGCGGAGAGGGAUCUGGCCCUCAGGGGCCCCGGGGAGGUGCUCGGGAUGCGGCAGAAGGGGUACAUCGAGGGAAAGUUCAAGGUGGCCGACCUCGCCCGACAGGGGUCCCUCGCCGAGCACGCCAGCAAGCGCGCCCGUCGUCUCGUGGAGAGUUGGACGCCUCGAGGCGCCGCCGCCGCCGCCGAUACCGAAGACGCCGCCGCUUCGGGGGCUCCGCGAAAGGGGGGCACCGUGGCUUUGAAAGAGGGGGGUCCCGGUGCUGACUGUGAUGAAGAGGGAGGCCGGCCGGAGAGCCUCGGGCUGCUGCUGGUACUCUGCGGGCUGGGAGCCGACGCGGAGGCUCUGCUGAGCGGCUUCGCGUCCAGAACGCCUCUUCCCGGCGCAGCGGACGGUGACGCCGCCGGCGUGGUGGCAGGCGGGGAGGCGGACCGGGGGGCAGAGGCGAUAGAGCGCGAGGCAAAGGAACACGCCCCCGAACGAGCGACGGAAUUUCCACAGUCGCUUCCGGUUGCAGCAGCAACACCGGAUGGUGUGGAAAGCCUCAUCACCAGCACCCCCGCUGCUGACCCCCCCCUGGCGGCGUCCUCCUCCACCCCCGACUUCGUAGUCAGAGCGGAGGCGACGGCCGGGGUGGGGGGGGUGUUGGACUCGCGGACGACUACGGGCCCGGACAGCAGGAGCAAAGAACCGGGGCCGGAGCUCGCGGUGCCCGCGGCGGUGUACUUCGACGACGAGGCGGACUUCUUGGAGAAGUCGGCCUCGGAGUACGCGGAGAUGAUGGAGGACCAGGACGAGGAAGACGAGUACCUUUCGGGAUUCUCUUUCGCGCCGCCACUCCAGCCACCCCCGCCGCCGCCGCCGACGCGUUUGCAGUCGGCAGGGCGGCAGCAGCAGCACGAGAGAAGGUUUUCAGGAGGGGUGGCGCCGACGGGAACUCCGGUGGGAGGUGGCGGAGGUGCACCGAGCGGGGAAGGUGUGGCGAUUAUCCGCCGGGCGGACUUGUCGGAGGGGACGCACACGGUUGUCGUGGUCGAUGUCGAGACGACGGGGCUUCGGGCUAAGGAAGACCGGGUCAUUCAGCUCGCGGCGAAGGUCUUGGGCAGCGAGAAUCCUAGGCACUCGUUCGCGGAGUACAUCGACCCGGGGGUAGUGGGGGUGCCUCCCAGAGUUCGAGAGAUUACGGGGAUCACGCCGGAGAUCCUGGCCGCCAACGGCGCGCGCCCGUUCCCCCAAGUGUGGCCGGAGUUCGCGGCGUGGCUGUCAGGGGUCGUGGCCGAAGAGCAAGCCGAGGGCAGGGGCGAGGGCGGCGUCGUCUUCGUCGCCCACAACGCCCAAUUCGACCACAAGUUCCUCAAGGAGGAGCUGUCGCGAUGCGGCUUCAGCAGGUUCAUGAUGGGCCAGGAUAUGGGAGUCGUGUGCAUCGUUGACUCCCUGAGGUGCUUGAAGGAGAACAGCUUGUGGAGGCAAAAAGCCUCUGAUUUUCACAUGCCGACGAGGCCCAAGAAUUUCAAGCUCGGGGGGGUGUUCGAGCAUCUGUACGGCUACGAAAUGCCAAACGCGCACAACGCGAUGGGCGACGUCGUUGGACUGGAACGCAUCCUGUCGGCGCCGGGCAUCAAUGAGGGGUGGCGAGGCGUGGCUAGCAGCCACCCCGCUUGCCAGAUACCCGUUCCGCGUUCCUUGGCGGAACUACAGGCUGCGACGAACAUCGCCGCCCGCUCGAGGAAACCCCCAGCAAGAAGAACCAAGGCAGACGGAUGGCGGUACUAUAACAAUCGGCGGACCGGUCGAUGACCACGAUUGGUUCCUGUGGAAUCGUUCACGAGUCUGGUUCCUUCGAGCAAUGUGUACGUGUGAUGUCGGGUAUUGUUUGUGCGUUCACUGCGAAGAGAGACAGGCGUAAUUUAGGGUGGAACCUUAGGUUUCCAUGCGUUUUAUGUACGUUUUGUUGUGUAUCCAUGGAAUUAGACUAUGGCAUCUUGUGAGGUGUGCUUUUCUGUAAGCCUCUUGUAUCAUAAAUAGCACUGUCACCUCUGGAUAUAGUAACCGUCCCGCGUGUUUUUAUUGUGGAGGAGUGGAGUGGUGGGAUCGAGAGGAGAGAGCUUCUAUUAUAGCAACUAGGGAGUUUUCAGCAGAGGAGUUCGUUCGCUUCUGAUAAAAGCUGCGCGGUGUGGAGCGGGGUUGUGAGCGAGAGUGCUUGGUACUCGCUUGCUCUUCCAAUAGAAGACUGGGGUUACAACCACGUUCGGAAAUGCAGCAGGACGCCACCUGUUUGCAAGGGAAACGGUGUUCGUUCAGAGUGUCAACAUCGAGGAACUCUUA